GAAGAACAUGGCAAGGCAGUUCUUGCUGGAUUGAUCCUAUUCUCGAAAAAAUACCAUGUAUUUCACAAACUUGCAUAAAACAGAGAAAGAUUUGUAGUCAUGAUUUGGCAUGAUGCUCUGUUAUUUUUUACCAUGACAUCAUUCUCAUUUCUGCUAUAGUUAGCAGUAAAAAGAUGCUUUGUAUAAGUUUGUGUUGCCUUUAGGAUAAAAUACAUCUCAAUUUUUCAACAAAGAAGAGAAGAAAAAAUUAAAAAUUAUUCAUCCUCCCUGCCACAAAACAUAACUCUAGAAAAAGGAGAAAAUGAGCUUGUAAGUGGCUCAGGAAAUAUGCCAGCCACUUACAAUGAAAAGCUUCAUUGUAAUAUUACAAUUAAACUUUACUUUCUCUGCCAGUUAAAUGCAUCUCAGCAUGUGUGGCUUCCACACAUGAUUAUGUCAAAAAUACAUGCACAUGGUAAGGAGCAUAGCGGGAGGAAAUAAUUACUUUUAUAGAAUGCCAGCAUCUGAUUAUUGUGGUUUUUCAUUAGCAGAACCGGUGAAUUAUUUAGGCAGAUUGCUGCAAUGCUGUCUGGGGAAGCUGUGUUUAUGGUUUAUUUGCAGUUAUGUGAGCUCAGGUGACCUGCCCGUGGCUGCAGUUGAAAAACAGUUCCAAAGACAUUUCGUAUCCCUCGGCCACUGGUUCUCAGCCGAUCAAGGGACAUCCCUGCACAAUGCCACCAACCUCAGGGAGGAAUGCUCUUCUGGCAAUGUGAUCAUCUUAAAGUGCUUGGCGUGUGGGACCCGAGCCAGCUACGGGGCGCGGAUCGUGGGGGGCAACGCGUCGUCCCCCCGGCAGUGGCCGUGGCAGGUCAGCCUGCAGUUCCAGGGCCACCACCUGUGCGGGGGCUCGGUCAUCACCCCGCUCUGGAUCCUCACGGCCGCCCACUGCGUCUACGACCUGUACUUGCCGAGCUCCUGGAGUGUUCAGGUCGGUUUUGUGACUCAGCAGGACACCCAGGUUCACCCACAUUCAGUGGAAAAAAUCAUUUACCAUCGGAAUUAUAAACCCAAGACUAUGGGGAAUGACAUAGCACUGAUGAAACUGGCAGCACCUCUCACUCUCAAUGGUCACAUUGAACCGAUCUGUCUGCCCAAUUUUGGUGAACAUUUCCCAGCAGGGAAAAUGUGUUGGGUAUCAGGAUGGGGAGCAACUGUGGAAGGAGGUGACACAUCUGACACCAUGAAUUAUGCAGGUGUCCCUCUGAUUUCCAAUGCAAUUUGCAAUCACAGGGAUGUCUACGGUGGGAUCAUAACUUCUUCAAUGCUUUGUGCUGGUUUCCUAAAGGGAGGAGUGGACACCUGCCAGGGAGAUAGUGGGGGGCCUUUAGCCUGUGAAGAUAUGAGUGUCUGGAAGCUGGUGGGGACCACCAGCUUUGGAGUGGGCUGUGCAGAGAAGAACAAGCCGGGUGUCUACAGCAGAACCACCUCCUUCCUGGACUGGAUCCACGAGCAGAUGGAGGUCUGGGCUGGCACUGCUCCUCCACCUCUGGCUGUCACUUUGUGCCACACAAAGUGGGGUUUGGCCCCUAUUUGUCAGAGCUGAGCUGUCUUGG